AUGUAUCCUAAGUAUCAGAAGGAAUUGCUGCAACCUUCUCCGUUCUCUGAGGACAUUGAAAGUAACGGCGGAUCAAGUUCUAUCGAUCGGUGCGAGUAUGGUUCUUUGUACGCCAGAGAUUGUGGUGACGCCGAGACGAUCUACUUCUAUUCUUAUGUUGGUACUGCAUCCAACCCGGUUAGAACAACGGCAUCAGUAUAUCAGGGUGCAUUCUAUCUUAAAAUCGAUGUGUGGGACGCCGAUAAUAAUCCAGCUGAUCUUGUUGACAAAUAUCGUAAAACCAUUACACAACGAGCCGAUGGUGUUUGGAGAAGGUACUACCUUUAUGGUCAAAGGACCCAGGCAUCUUACACAACGACCAUCGUAGACGUUGCUGUGUAUUGCAAUACGAAUUACUACAAUAGCGACUGCGCCACGUACUGUGUUCCCCAAAAUUCAAAUUCAAAUGGUCACUACACAUGUGACUCAUCAACGGGGGCAAAGAUAUGUUACCCAGGUUAUUCGGGGUCAAGCUGCACAGUUGAUAUCAACGAGUGCAGAAGCAAUCCGUGUAGAAACGGGGGAAUGUGUACACAUGGUAUCAACUACUUCACGUGCAGCUGCGCACCCGGUUUCCAGGGCACAACAUGUACCGUGAACAUUAAUGAGUGCGCUAGCUAUCCGUGCGCAAACGGUGGCACAUGCGUAGAUGGGGUGAAUGGCUACCAAUGUCAAUGCCGAGCAGGUUUCAACGGAGGACGAUGCCAGACUGAAAUAGACGAGUGUCUCUCGUCACCAUGCUUGAAUGGCGCCAUCUGCAAUGAUGCUAUAGCUGGAUAUACAUGUGUAUGCGCAUCCGGAUUUAGUGGCCAGUAUUGUGAAAAUGAUAUUGAUGAAUGUGGGAGCAGUCCGUGCAAGAACGAGGCCAUGUGUUCUGACCAGGUCGAUGGGUUCAACUGUAUAUGCGCCGGAGGAUAUACGGGAACGUUAUGUGAAAUUGAAAUUGAUGAAUGUGGAAGUUUUCCAUGUCAGAAUAAUGCCACGUGUUAUGAUGACGUCAAUGGGUUUAUUUGCGAUUGUGCCUAUGGUUAUUUUGGAGACUUUUGUGAUUUUAAUAUCACUGAUUGCAUUGCAUUGUGUGAGAAUAACAGUACAUGUGAGAUAGCUAACUCUACGAUGACCUGCCAUUGUGCUCCUGGCUUCGAUGGUGGCCUAUGUGACAAAGAAUAUGAUGAAUGCCAAAGUCAACCGUGCCAAAACGGGGCAACAUGUCAUGACGUCAUCAACGGGUUUGUCUGCUCGUGUGCACCGGGAUAUUCUGGAACAAGCUGCCAAGAAGAAGUAAAUGAAUGUGAUAGUAAUCCUUGUGUUAACAAUGCAGAAUGUGUUGAUCUCAUUGCCGAAUUUUUCUGUAACUGUACUGAGGGUUUCGAAGGGAAUUUCUGCGAAAUAGACAUCGACGAAUGCAUGUUUUCAGAAUGUGUUGGUAACUCAACAUGUACUGAUGGCAUAGGUGGAUACUAUUGUGAAUGUGAAGACGGUUAUGAUGGCAAUUUAUGCGAAUAUGAAAUAGAUGAGUGUGCAAGUUUUCCGUGUAAGAAUAAUGCCACAUGUUAUGACAUCCUUAAUGGUGUCAUCUGUGAUUGCGCAUAUGGGUUUUUUGGGGACUAUUGUAACUUUGAUAUCACCGAUUGUCCAAGAUUUUGUAAGAAUAACAGUACAUGUGAAAUAGCUAACUCCACGAUGACAUGCCUCUGUGCUCCUGGAUUCUAUGGUGAACUAUGUGACAGAGAAUUUGACGAAUGUCAAAGUCAACCGUGCCAAAACGGUGCAACAUGCAAUGACGUCGUCAAUGGGUUCGCCUGCUCAUGCGCGCCUGGAUAUUCUGGCGCAAGCUGCCAAGAUGAAGUGGAUGAAUGUGAAAGUAGUCCUUGUGUGAAUGACGCAGAAUGCAUUGACCUGCUCGCUGACUUUUUUUGUAACUGUACCGAAGGCUUUGAAGGUAUUUUCUGCGAAAUAGACAUCGACGAAUGCAUGUUUUCAGAAUGCCUUGGAAACUCAACAUGUAUUGAUGGCAUUGGCGGAUACUCUUGUAAAUGCGAAGCCGGUUAUGAUGGCAAUUUAUGUGAAAUUGACAUAGAUGAGUGCCAGAGUAAUCCGUGUAAAAAUGGCGCUAAGUGUACAGAUGACAUUAAUUCAUUCACGUGCUCAUGCAUACCUGGAUACACCGGUGGAAUGUGUGAAGUAGAUGUUAAUGAAUGUAAUUCUUCACCGUGUUUGAAUAAUGGAACUUGUGUUGAUCAGAUUGGUUCGUACUCUUGUAUGUGUGUUAUCGGCUGGGAAGGCAUCGUCUGUGACUUCAACCCAAAUGAUUGCCUAUACUCAAACUGCUUCAAUAAUGCAAUUUGUGUCGAUGGUAUAGGUGAAUACUUUUGUGAAUGCAAAGCCGGUUACUAUGGUGAUUUAUGUGAAUUUGAAAUAGAUGAAUGCCUAAGUAACCCGUGUAGAAAUGGCGCUAACUGUACAGACAACAUCGAUGCAUUUAUGUGUACCUGCGCACCCGGCUAUACAGGUGUCGUGUGCGAAGAGGAUUUUAACGAAUGUAAUUCUUCACCAUGUUUAAAUAACGCAACUUGUGUUGAUCAAAUUGAUUCGUAUUCCUGUCUGUGUAACGUUGGAUGGGAAGGAACCGUCUGUGACUUCAACCCGAAUGAUUGUAUGCACUCAAAAUGCUUCAAUAACUCAACUUGUAUUGAUGGUAUCGGCGGCUAUACCUGUGAGUGUCCGACAGGCUAUGAAGGGGAAUUAUGCGAAAAUGACGUAAAAGUGUGUGACGAAUAUCCCUGCCAAAAUAACGCUACUUGUGUAGAAGAAAUCGGUUGGUUUGUGUGUAUCUGUGCUCCAGGUUUUGAAGGCGCUUAUUGUGACGUAGAUAUCAACGACUGUGCGAUAAUGCCUUGCGCGAAUGAUGGAACCUGUGUUGAUAUGGUCAACGGGUUUGAAUGCUAUUGCCCAGAUGACUGGUACGGUACCAACUGCACAACGUACCUGCCGAACUUAUGUUUGAAUAAUAACUGCACAAAUAAUUCAACAUGUCAAGGAACUUUAGAAGGUUUCAUUUGUACCUGUUUACCUGGAUUUACAGGAAAGUAUUGUGAGGAGGAUGUGAACGAAUGUCUAGGUGGUGCGUGCUUACAUGGAGGAACCUGCCGUGACCACAUUGCCGGGUUUUCGUGCGAGUGUAUCCCUGGAUACACUGGUAAAUUCUGUGAGGUUGUUCUUGACACAUGCGACAAGGUAGAGUGUAAUAAUGGAGAGUGCAUUGAGGAGACUGACGGCUUCGCCUGCCAAUGUCUGCCCGGCUACGAAGGAAUCAACUGUGACAACAACAUCGAUGAAUGUGCAUCAUCACCUUGCCUAAACGGUGGGACAUGUACGGAUGACGUCGAUAAAUUUAAUUGCAAAUGCCCAGAAACAUUGUCAGGGAGUACGUGCGACCAAGACGUUGACGAGUGUACAAAAGGUGAUGUCUGUCCUGAAAAUGCCAUCUGUAGAAAUACGUUUGGUGGCUUUGAUUGCGCCUGCAAGCCCGGAUUCACUGGUGAGAAAUGCGAGGACUUUAAGGAUCCAUGUGUUGCGCAUGGAAUGCCGUGUAAUAAUGGGGGUACUUGUGCAACAACAGACGAAUCUUACAGAUGUGAAUGCAGUAUUGGAUUUACAGGGGAAACUUGUAACAUCAUCAUGGAUCCAUGCAAAUCUUCGCCAUGUUUGAACGAUGGAGAUUGUGAGAUAAACGACGAGAAAAGUUACACGUGCAGGUGUACUAAAGAAUAUGCAGGUGAACGAUGUGAAAUAGUAAUUGCUACAUCAGCGUUUGUAUUCUACAUGUCGGGAAGUGUGUCUGAUGAAAGUCAGCUUGCAGACGAUAUCGCCGAGCUGUACAGUCUCUCCUCAGGGUCAACUGAUGAGGUUGAAGUUGUUGUGUUGUCUGUAGAAGAUUAUGUUUCAGUCGAUACAGGAGAACCUGUGAGUAAAGUUGAAGUCAUAAAAAUGGUAAAUGGUACUGCACAGACUAACGAAGAAAUCAUGUCCGUAAUUACUGAAACACCCACUGACGUCAUCGAGAAGGGUCUAGAUGCUGAAUUGUUCAUUGGCGAUGCAGUACCAAAGAAUGAGUACGCUGAAAAGGGGUGGUUUGAAGAAAAUUGGAUCUGGUUUAUGUUCGUAGUUAUUGGAGUUCCGUGUGGAGCAGUUGUUUCAGUGCUGUUGCUACGAAAUCUAAAACGAUCCAUGAAGGUCGGUCCUGUAGAGGAGGAAAAUUCGGAUGUUCCGUUAAGUGCCUCGAGUAAUGAGGAGCCCAAGACGGAUGAUUCCAUGCCAAAAGUAGAUACGUCAAAUGUGUAGGGGGAAAUACAUCACGAUUACCUUGUUGUGAGUAAUGCUUAUGACAUGGAGGAGUUGCCAAAAACGGAUGAGAUCAAUGUGUAUAAGACAAUAAGUCUAUAAAAUUAUCUUGUAGUAAUUAUGACACUUGGGACUCUUUUCAACAUUUUUGUGAUAACUGUGUAGAUUUUGAAAAAAAAAA